GCAAAUCUGGCAGCAUGGGAGCCAGCUCAUGGCCCAUUUGGCUUCCGGCAUCCAUGGAGCCAAUACCUGAAAGUAGGUGCAGCGAUGAGGUCCUGUGCUUACUGCAUCGAAGCCCUCCAUUGCUCUUCUCACUCUGAGAUCCAGGCUUCUGAGUUAAUGAAGAGACAUCUCAGUGAAGUUUGUAUGAAGCUGAGCUCAAAAUCAGCACAAGUUUUGAAAGAACUAUCAGUCUGUAUCGAAAACAUGCGCAGCUCGGAAAGCUUAAGCCAUAUGGUUAAGGAGAUGAAGGAAGCAGUGGAAGAGGUGAAGACCGCCAUGAAAUCUCUCCCGACCACAUAUAAUAAUGAGUUAGGGUUGCAGAAAGAUGAUGACAGUAUGAUGAUGAAGAAGAGACAGUCUUUCAUGGAAUCUCUGCCAUUGAUGACUGUCGUUUCUCUUCUGAUGGAGAUUUCGGUUAAGGUUGAAGGGGUGGAGGAGGAAGUCCAGAAGCUGUCCGGCCUUGCUGAAUUUAAGCCUUCGGGCGAUAAAUUUUAAUUAGGUGAGAUAAUUCCAAGAUAUGUGGAGGAUGGUAUAUAUGAGUAUGUGUGUUUAUAAGUAUAUAGUUGUGUCGAUAGUCAUCAUAAAAGUUGAUAUAUAUAACACCCUAGAUCAUCAACAUGUACAUUAAUGUGCAUGCAUUGUAGGAACAAUAGUUUAUGUUUGGGACCUACUUUGGGACCUAUCCCAAACUAUUUUUGCAUCCUUUUUUGGGAGAAAAUAUUACGUGUGUCGUC